GAAGUGCAAGGUGAAGGUUUUAUGUAGAAUACACUUUAAACUCUUACUUCAGUCGAGUUCAUGCCAUUCGCGAAGUGACAGCGGUAAACAACGCAUCAAUAUUAUUCAAUAUCAUUCUUAUAGAGCGAAAUAUAACGAUUUCUUAAAGGGUAUCAACAAUAUAAAUAAAACUUUCAUUUACUUACAGAAAAAUGGGUCGAAUACUGUUUAAGCUCGUCUUUACUUGCUUAUUGUUACACAUUAAAGCCAUCGACAUUUACACUGAUGACGACCUUCUCAAUGUCGACGAAGAGCCGUACGAUAGCAACGAAAAUUUAAUAGAUACAGGAACUUUUGUAAGUGAUAGAGCACCACGAGUACUUCGUGUUCCAUUUGACAAUGUGAAUGAAGCCAAAGAACAGAAAAGGGCAUCCAUAGAUGGAGCGAGUCGGCAAGCACGUUAUACACAUUACUCGUAUCCACAGAGUCCUAUUGUUGAUAUGAUGCUGCAGACUGUAGCUGUUAACUAUUCACCAUCAAAUGCUAAUGAUCCGUUUGACUUUUUGAGGGAUUCCUAUCCGCUGCCUAAAGGGUUCACCAGAGCGUUAGAUGAAUAUGACUAUGUCAUAGUCGGUGCAAGUUCUGCUGGGUCGGUACUGGCAGCAAGGUUAUCAGAAGACAAACCCAGAGCCACUGUAUUGCUGAUAGAAGCUGGAAAACCUGAAAUGCUGCUGUCUGAUGUACCAGCUUUAACCCAGUAUCUUCAGAGGACGGACUACGUUUGGCCUUACAGCAUGGAACAUCAACCAGGAGUUUGUUUAGGAAGCGAUGACCAGCGGUGCUACAUCCCACGAGGCAAGGCUCUGGGUGGAAGCAGUGUAACUGACUAUAUGUUUUACUCUCGAGGACGGCCACAGGAUUGGGACCAAAUUGCUGCCGAUGGAAAUUACGGCUGGUCGUACAACGAUGUGCUCGAAUAUUUCAAGAAAUCGGAGAGGGCUGAGUUAAAGAAAUAUAAAAAUCUGCCAUAUCGUGGGCGAGAUGGCGAACUUACCGUCGAAAAUGUUCCUUUCAAAACUGGACUAGUGGAAGCUUUCCUGGCUGCAGGAAGAAUAAAUGGCCAUCCAACUGUGGACUAUGUCGCUCCAGAUCAAUUAGGCUUUGGAUACAUUCAAACUAUCACGAACAAAGGACAUCGGCUUAGUGCUGCUAAGGCAUUCUUACAUCAACACAAGCGCCGCAAAAAUCUACACAUAUUAACCGAAGCUAGAGCAACCAAGAUUAUAAUAGACCCACAAACAAAACGGGCCUAUGGCGUUGAUUACGUGAAAAACAAUGUGAAGUACACAGUCCGUACUCGAAGAGAAGUAAUUCUGUCAGCCGGACCAAUCGCUUCGCCCCAGUUACUUAUGUUAUCCGGAAUCGGACCUCAAGAACAUUUGCAAAGCUUAGGGAUUCCAGUCUUAUCAAAUAUUAAUGUUGGAAGAACGUUAUAUGAUCAUAUUGCAUUCCCGGGAAUGGUAUUUAGACUAAAUAGCACAAAUGCCAGUCUUUUAGAACCUAAAGUUGCUACUUUGCCGAAUCUUAUGCAAUGGUUACAAUUUGGUGAUGGUCUGUUAACAACACCUGGAGGUGUUGAGAGUAUAGGGUAUGUCAAAUCUUCAGUGUCUGAUAGAUCUAGCGCCGUUCCUGAUUUGGAAAUAAUAAGUAUGGGUGGCUCACUCACCUCAGACUCUGGCGCAGCUAUCAGAAAAAGUUGGAAAAUAUCCGAUCGCACAUAUAAUCACGCAUUUAGCUCAUUAAAUGGUGCAGAUACCUGGCAAGCCAUCCCCGUCCUGUUGCAUCCAAAAUCCAAAGGGCACUUAGAACUAAGGGAUAACAACCCAUUUUCGUAUCCAAAAGUUUUCGGCAACUACUUAACGGAUCCACGAGACUUGGCAACGCUUAAAGAAGCUGUUAACAUAAUUAUACGUCUCGCCCAAUCUGAAUCAUUCAGAAAAUAUGAUCCUUUAUUACAUUUAGCACCUUACCCCACGUGUUCAUCGCACCCUCUAGGCUCAGAGUCGUAUUGGGAAUGUGCCAUUAGAACCAUGUUAGUGUCUCAGCGUCGACAAACAUCCACAUGUAAAAUGGGUCUCCGAAGUGACCCUGAUGCUGUAGUAGACCCUGAACUGAGAGUAUACGGCAUUGAUGGUCUACGGGUUGCUGACGUAAGCGUACUCCCAAAACCAAUUAGUGGACAUACAAUAGCACCUGAAAUUAUGAUAGGCGAAAAGGCUUCGGAUUUAAUAAGAAAAUCUUGGUCCAACGUGAUAAAUAAGUAAUAAUUAUCUAGUAUAAGUGUAAUGUAACUAAAUUAUUUUAAUUAAGAAAAUAAAAUAUGUUCCUAAAAGUG